AAAUCUCCCACCCACACAAGGUGCAGCAGAACAACAUUGUUACAGGGCAUAUGAUUAGCUUCGAACUUGGCUGGGUAACGACCUAAUAGUAACAGAUUGGGGAUGGAAGCAGAUCAACGUGGAAUUAUGCCCAAAUUUACAGAAAAGGAAUUCGUUCCGGAAAUAUUGCUCAAAACUAUUUGCUGCAGAUGUGAAAUUGGAUGUAACAGUUUAAAAUGUGGCUGCCGUAAACAUGGUUUAAAAUGCACAAAUUUUUGCUAAAAUUUCAUGGUUCUGAAAAAGGCUCCAAUGUGGAAAAAAAAAACCUACGAGGAAGUUAAUGAUUCAGAUGAAAUUGUGGAUGACAAACCAAUUCAGACUGGAAAUAAUAUUGGAGACGAAGACGGUGAUGGUCUUGAAGAUUUCGUAGAUCUACUAGAAUUGGGAAGACAAGGUGAAACUAUUGAUUUAUAUAAAACAAUAAUAAUGGAUAAAGAAACAAUUAUUAAAGAUCAAAAUACAAUUAUUGAAUUGCUCAAUGAAAAGAUCAAAGAACUGGAGAAAAAUAAGAAAACAUUUGCAGAUGCAGUCAGUCUUAACAGUAGCUGCAACACAAUUAAAAAACAGACAAAACAAUAUAUACCUAUAAAUCCACAAAAUUCAGAAUCUACAAUGAGAGAAAUUCAAAAUAAUAUACAGCCUAAUAGAAUUAAUGUAUCAAUUAACUCCAUAAAUACUCUAAAAAACGGAAAUGUCGUAAUUAAAUGUGAAACCCAGCAAGGCAUGCAGAAGUUAGUCGAUGAAACCCAAAUUAAACUUGGUACAAAGUAUAGAAUUGAAACAUUAAAAAUAAAUAGGCCUAGAAUAAAAAUAAUUAGUUACAGCCCACCUUUAGAAGAUGAUGAGUUGGAAGAAAUUAUAAAAUCACAAAAUGAAAUUUUUAAACCUGAUGGUCACUUUAAAAUAACUUAUAUACGAAAAACAGAAACAAAAAAUAAAACACCUCGCCAUACCAUUUUCGCAGAAUGUUCUGGGACUUUUUGA